AUGGCUGCAGCAGCUGUGGCACAAGCUUUGCUCUCUGCUCUAGCAGAAGAUGAUCACCAAUCAUGCAGAAAGGAAUGGCUUGAAGAGUUGAAAGAUGCUGUCUAUGAUGCUGAGAAUUUACUGGAUGAGAUCAACACUGAGUCUCUCAGGUCCAAGGUUGAAAAAGAUUCUCAAAACGUCGCUAACAAGGUGCGAUCCUUCUUUUCUUCUUCUUUUUUAGAGGAUGAUAAGGAGAAGCUAAUGAAAAUGCUUCUGUGUGAUGAAGAUCCAAAGGGUAAUGACAUAGGAGUGAUCACUAUCUGGGGAAUGGGAGGGUUGGGUAAAACCACCCUUGCUCAGCUCCUUUACAAUGAUGAGAAGUGGAAGAAGGGGAAGCAAAAUCAUCGUGACAACUCAUCCGAACAAUAUCCAGAGCUAGGAGCAAUCGGUAAGCAAAUUGCAAGAAAAUGUGGUGGCCUACCAAUUGCUGCUAAAACAAUUGGAGGUCUUUUGCGUUCAAAAGUGGAUGCAAAGAAAUGGAAUAAAAUUCUCAAUAGCAACCAGUGGGACAUACCACAUGAUGAUGUUUUGCCUGCUUUGCAUUUGAGCUAUAUCUAUCUUCCAUCGCAUUUGAAAAAAUGUUUUGCUUAUUGCUCAAUCUUCCCUAAAGAUAUGUUGUUGGACAAAAAGAAAUUGGUCUUGUUAUGGAUGGCAGAAGGCUUUGUACACCAACAAUCCCAUAGGGAGAAGACAUUUGAAAUGGAAGCAGAUGACUACUUUAAUGAAUUAUUGCAUAGAUCAUUCUUUCAGCAAGAUGGUGGUGAUCCAAAAAAGUUUGUCAUGCAUGAUCUCAUCAAUGAUUUAGCCAAAGUUGUAUCUGGAAAGAGUUGCCUAUGGGAACUUCUCUCAAUUAAAUUGUUUGAGGACAUUUUUACCCCAAUCUAUAUACGAUGGGAGGAUGACACAUUGUUCAUUGACCAGAAAGACCUUUCUGACACUUCCAUUGAAAGAUUACCUGAUGCAGUCUUUACACUUUACAAUUUGCAGACAUUGCUUUUGUCAAAUUUACAAAGAGUUGGACGUGAGUUCUAUUGCAGCAAUGUAGAGUCCACUUCCUUUCAACCAUUUCCAUCCUUGGAAAUUCUAGAAUUUCGAGAAAUGCUUGUUUGGGACGAAUGGAUAUCGUUUGAUGGUGAAGGAGACCUGCCUAGUAACCUUCCAUCGCUGACAAAGGUUUCUGUUUCAAAUUGCAAACGGUUGGAGGCAAAAUCAACAGCUUUGCAUUGGAUUGCAUCUAUUGAAGAAUUAGAAAUUUAUAAAGGGAAGCAAGGGUUAUUGGGAGCUCUUGAUGAUUAUUCUUAG